UCCAAGGACAAGAUAAUGCGCCGGCCACAUCACGAUUCACCAUAAGCUCGCCGAGAUACAACGAAUCAUCACAUCACUCCUUGCCAAGUCAGCUACCUACUGUUGGCCUAGACAUUAUGCUAAAUCCACCUGCAUGUGUCGUCCCCCAUGGCUGUAACCAAACGGGUGAGUAUUAUCAGGCUGAGUUGAUGAACUAUAGUACCUAGGUAGUUAAGAGAGGACCAAGACAUUCAAUAAUCAUUUGGACAGCGCUGAAUGAGCGAUCUACCUUGUAGCGUUCUACCGACAUUUAGAUACUACAAGGUCAAUACCGGAUACCUGUACAAACUCGUAAAUGCCUUCUAUGCCUUUUUGUUUACCGGGGAAUCGAAUACGAGGCUUGAAUUCAAUUCCUUUCAUCGCUUUCAUCGCUUUCAUCGCUUUCAAUCAUUCUUUUCUUUUCUCCUCUGCUCUUGGAAGCUUUCAAUGUUUCUUUCAAGAUCAUGGAAUACACGAGCCCUUCACAUUUACUUUAUUUACCCUAUUGCUCAAGUGAACUACUUACUGUACCGUAAUGUGCUUUACCCUACUCUCCUCUCCUCUAUUCUGCUCAACUAAAUACCGACGAAAGUUCGUUCUUCUUUUAUUAGAUUACAUUCUUGGAAUUGAGUUCCAAGACUUGCUUCGCCUCACAUCCUUACCUUAAGGUUAUCAACUUCAUUCCCCGCGAGAUCAACUUUACCUCCACAUCUGUGCUUUCCAUUAAUACGAGAGAAUUCCACACACAGAGUCAUCAUACUGCUAGCUUCCAAUAUUUCCAAUAUUUUCAAGAACCUCCUCCCUUGAUGAUUUUUUCCAUCCUUCUCGACAACCUCAACAAAACAACAUUUUAUUCCAUAAUACCCAUCUUAAUAUGGUGAUGGUUGUUACUUUGCUACAAUCAAAUCGCUCGUUGGCUUAAGUUUUUGGACUUUUGCUGCCUCGAAAAUCAUUUCAAUCGUUCAACCGUUCAUUGUUGAUCUUGGUUCUUGGAAAACUGACCAAAGUGGAAUAAUUCCAUCGUUUCUCCUAUCGCAUUUUGAUCGAUUACCAGGACAUAAUCCCAUCGGAGAUUCUUCAAACUAUUCUUUAUUUCUGCGUACUCCACCAGAUUCACCCCCCGGUGUCUCGACGUCAUUGACCUCGGCGCAUUUCCAGCCUCAAUACCUAUUAAUACCUAUACAUUACACAAAAUUGCACAAACAAAUAUCAUACUAAAUCAUGAAGCUCUCGAAGUCUUCAUCGGCUUUUGCUACAGCUUUAAUAGCUGGAAGUCAUGUAGUAAAUGCAAUAGAAAUAGAUCUUACUUCUCCGGGUAUGUAUCUUGCUCCUAUGCCGUCAUAUUUUCUUUACUGACCGUGCAUCCAGACUCUAUCAAGAGCGCGGCGAGUACCAUCGCGUACGACAUGAUGACCUAUUACACAGGAAAUAAGACGGGUGGCAUACCUGGAAAUUUACCAGCUCCGUAUUACUGGUGGGAAGCAGGAGCAAUGUUUGGCUCGCUGAUCGACUAUUGGUAUUAUACGGGUGAUUCAUCAUAUAAUGAUGUUAUCACUGAAGCCAUGCUGUGGCAGACGGGACCCGACAAUGAUUAUAUGACCCCGAAUCAAACAAAAACCGAGGGAAAUGACGACCAGGGAUUCUGGGGACUGGCGGCCAUGUCUGCUGCGGAAGUGAACUUUCCAAACCCUCCUUCAAAUAAACCUCAAUGGCUCGCUCUUGCGCAGGCGGUUUUCAAUACUCAAGCCCCUCGAUGGGACGAUAGUACCUGUGGCGGUGGCUUACGAUGGCAAAUCUUUACGUUCAACAAUGGUUAUAAUUACAAAAAUUCCAUCUCCAAUGGCUGCUUUUUCAAUUUGGGUGCACGACUUGCAAAAUAUACCGGCAAUGAUACAUAUGCGCAGUGGGCAGAAAGAACUUGGGACUGGAUGGAAAAUGUGGGACUAAUGGAUGAAAGCUACUAUGUUUACGAUGGCUCUGAUGACACGAUAAACUGUACAAGGCUUAAUCAUAUACAAUGGACUUAUAAUGCCGGAGCUUUUCUGCUCGGUGCAGCAAACAUGUAUAACUACACCAACGGAAGCGAUCUCUGGCGUGGACGUGUUGAGGGCUUACUGAAUGGCACCCAUGUGUUCUUCCAGAAUAACAUCAUGAUGGAGGUAGCUUGUGAAAAUAAUGGGAAAUGCAAUAUUGAUCAACAAUCUUUCAAGGCAUACCUCGCUCGCUGGCUAGCUGCCACAACAAAAAUGGCUCCCUUUACCUACGAUGCCGUUAUGGCCUACUUACGUCCAUCAGCUGCAGCGGCUGCCGCAUCAUGUGUUGGAGGGGAUAACGGACGUACUUGUGGUCUCAAUUGGAGAACCGGCGGAUUCGAUGGUUUUUAUGGUGUAGGAGAACAGAUGUCGGCUUUAGAGGUUAUUCAGAGUAAUCUCAUUGAGCAGGUUGCAGGACCAGUAACUAAUACAACCGGCGGAACGAGUAAAGGGGAUCCGACCGCUGGGUCGGGGAAGAGCUCAAGUAGUUUUUCAUCAACGAAGCCAGUUACUACGGGUGAUAAGGUCGGGGCGGGAAUUCUUACUACUGUAGUGUUGCUUGCUUUCAUUGGAACUAUCUGGUGGAUGAUUGUCGAUUAAUGAGAAGGGUUACGGGAGUCUUCUUGUAUAAAUAUAUUCGUGUUUGGCAUCGACGAAUGGUUUGGUGAAAUGGGGUGGAACAGUAGCUCUUAUGGUUGCGGGUGUUUGAUGGGCUGGGCUUGGGGAUUCACUACAAUUUUGAGUGGGAAGCUGGGGACUCUGAUUCGGAAGGAACCUUUUGGAGUUUUGGGCGUCGAUUAAGGAUUGGUGCGUCAUGAUUCUGUUCAGUUUUGGAGAAUGUGUAUGAUCAUGAUAAAUGAACGCAAUGGGAAAUGCAGCGACGCAUAAUACUUAGGUGCAAUGAACAAGAUUCGGUGGGUAGAUGGGCAAACCAUACUGCAGAUACUUGGGAAGUAAAGGGUUUAAAUCAUAAAAUCUGGUUUGGGCAUAGUUUGGGAUGACGAGGUAGGAGGAAAGGAGCUUUGAAGUUUUUGUUCCUAUGAGCAGAAAAACCCGAAAAGGAAAUACAAGAUGAGAAUUCUCUCUGGAUCUA